UCUCUUUCACUUAGCUGGUGGUAGCAGCGUUUUCUAUCGUUUUAUGUAACGAACAACUGAGAAGUUACGUAAUGAACUGAAAUCUGCUUGUCAUUAACGCUCGCUAAUUAACAAGUGUAGAAGACAGCCAAGAACCAGCUUGAUUAAAUAAUAUUCUUAUAUGUAGUGUAAACAUAUUGAAAUGGUUAUCAACAAUAUUUUCAAAAUAUUUCAUUUUCCGGCAUGCAUUUUUUUCUUUAUGUGGAAAGUAGGAUUUUGUCAAGUAAAUCUACCAACAUUCAAUUACGAAGAUUGCCAAUUGAUGGGAGCUUCUUAUACAUAUAAGAACUAUGUCAUAUGCAAUUGGAUUGACUUUUCUCCUCAGCAACAUAGCACGGGUCACUGUGGAAUGUUUGAUUACGCAUGGGUACCUGAUAGUGGUGCAGAUCAUAUUUUACACCAGUUAGCGUUACAAAGGGGAUCUUCGAGCGGGGCUAUAUACCAUAUUGGAUACACAUUAAAUUACACAACACCCACACAGUACACAGUUAUAGACGUAAAUGGAAAGCCGCAGUCUUAUUCGGCGUUUUCUGACGCAAUGGACCCGAAUAAUACAUGUGUUGCCUUCAUUGAUGGACAUUGGGAUGACAUACCUUGUACGCUUUACAGGGAAGCCUUCUGCUCUUUAGUUAUCAAAUUCGACUAUGGCGACUGUAGGGAAAAUGGAGUUUCAUACACAUCCGGGUUAAAACUAUACUGUUAUUGGAUUGAUACUACUCUUGGAACGGCUGUAGGUGCAUGUGGACUGGACUAUUCCAUUAUUCCAAAUCUUGAAGCACAGAGAGUGGUUAAUUGGCUAAUGAAAAUACGAAGCCUAACAACUUUAGGGACUUACUAUAUAGGAUAUGUAGAAAACACAGGUGGAGUGGAAACCCAUCAAGGAGUGACACAAGACUGGACGAAUUGGGAUCCUUUGGAAACCCAGUUGAUAAUUACAAAUUGUAUCACCAUUUCGCAGCCCUAUGGUUUAUGGAAACAUUCUUUAUGUUCAUCACUGCGUAUGUCAAUUUGCUCAACAGUAACAGAAAUCAUACCAUGUCAAACACCAAUCGUGAACAGCGGAUCAACGUUGAUAAGUCAAACUGGAGAUAUGUAUGGUGACACGUGUCAUUACACAUGUGACAUGGGACACGCGUUGGUGUAUGGGAAUCUGACGAGAACUUGUCUAAUCGAUGGUACAUGGGAUAGUAGCUCACCAGUUUGUGAAGAAAUACUAACGUCUCAAGCAACAACAGACAUAGUAUCAACAGCCAACACAAUUUCAACAGCUGAAUCAACAACAGCCAAACCAUCAAUAGCCCAAACAUCAACAGCUGGAUCAAUAUCAAACGACAUGUUAACAUCAACUGUGCAUCAACAGGUUUCAACUGCAACAAACAUGGUCAUAAGUACGACCUCUAAUCAUGAUAUCCCAGAAACAACCUUGACAGAAACAAUAACCUACAACCAAGAAAUAACGGAAACUACUACGGGUGUAAUUUCCAGAACAACAAAUGGUCUUUGCAUAUGCACAUGUUCUUUAUCUUUAAACAUAACAAUAAAUAUUGAACAGAGAAUUAAAGAAUUAAAAAAGCUGCUGGAAGUGGACAAAGACGUAUUAUCGUCUACAAUCCGCCGCCUUACUUGCGCGGACGACCCACGACCGUCGUCGGCUUACAUUGGAUAUACUGGAGCUUUGAUUAUUGUUGCUGUGUUCUCUUUAAUCAUUAUCAUUGAUAUAGUUAACAUAUAUGUGUUUUUCAAGACAUUACGAACGUGAUUUAGAAUAAAAAGUCUGAAGGUUUUU